CGCGACUCUGUAUACUAUAAGAAAAACGCCCGUUAAAGACACAGUUCCAGCUUCAAGCAAUUCGAAAAUGGCGGGAUCAGCGAUGACGACGACUACCAACUUAGAAUUGGAAACCCCUGCGCGGAGUUCACAAAGCUUUGCAGUUAUAGAUCAAUGGCAAGUUCAAUACGCUCGCUUCAUCAACUACGCCUCCUCCACUCUUAGGCGAACUCAUCCUUCUCUAACUCCUGUGGCGAAGAGUCGCCUCCGCCAUGGCACCUGGAUGUCCACAGUCGCCGGCUCCCUCAAGCUCAUUUAUGAACAAUCCUCCACCGGAUGGGACCACGCCGUCCUCCUGCUCUCUCUCGGAUCUCGAGUACUUGAGGAGCAUUACAUCUCGAAGGUGCAUUUCUCAUGGCCUCAAGUAUCAUGUUUAUCUGGUUUUCCUGCAAGGGGAAGCAGGGCUGUUCUUCUGAGCUAUAGAGAUGGUUCUGGCCAGGCAAGCUGCUGA